AUCCGGGGAGGGGGAAGAAAACAUGGAGGACUCCACUGGCAGUAAUCCCCAAUCUCCCGGUUUCAUAGACAAGUUAAAGUCGUGGCUCUCGUGGUCGUGGACGUACGUGUGCUUCGUGUGGUUCGGCAUGGUGGUCAUCAUGAUCUACGUGCUGUGGAGCCCGCUCAAACUGCAGGAGAGCCUCACUUCGGCAUCGAUGUUUCUGAAUACACUGACCCCCAAGUUUUACGUGGCUCUCACCGGGACCUCUUCACUCAUCUCUGGACUCAUCCUCAUAUUUGAGUGGUGGUACUUUCGGAAGUAUGGCACGUCCUUCAUCGAGCAGGUCUCCGUGAGCCACCUGCGUCCCCUCCUCGGCGGAGUGGAAAGCAGCUCCACCACCGGCCUCUUCUCGUCUGUCAAUGGGGAGGCUGAGCCUAGACCUAGCGUGUCAGAGUGCAAAGUCUGGAGGAAUCCUUUGAAUCUGUUCAGAGGAGCCGAAUACAACAGGUACACGUGGGUGACGGGAAAAGAACCACUGACGUACUAUGACAUGAAUCUGUCGGCUCAAGACCAUCAGACCUUUUUCACAGGAGACACGCAGCAGUUCAGGCCUGAGGAUUCGGUCAUGCAGAAGGCCUGGAGGGAAAGAAAUCCUCAAGCCAGGAUUAGAGCAGCUUACCAGGCCAUAGAGAUGAACCAUGAAUGUGCCGCAGCCUACGUGCUUCUCGCAGAGGAAGAAGCCACAACAAUCACAGAAGCUGAGCGCCUCUUUAAAAAAGCUUUGAGUAUCGCAGGCAAAGACAUCAACCUGCUGGUUUACAUUAAACGCAGACUGGCCAUGUGCGCUCGCAAGCUUGGGCGAAUUAAAGAAGCUGUGAAAAUGAUGAGAGACUUAAUGAAGGAGUUCCCAUUAUUAGGGAUGUUAAAUAUACACGAAAACCUCCUGGAGGCGCUCCUUGAGCUUCAGGCGUACGCCGACGUGCAGGCCGUCCUCGCCAAAUACGAUGACAUAAGCCUCCCGAAAUCGGCCACUAUAUGCUACACAUCGGCCCUGCUAAAAGCGCGGGCCGUGUCAGAUAAGUUCUCCCCAGAGGCAGCAUCGCGGCGGGGGCUGAGCACCGCCGAGAUGAACGCCGUGGAGGCCAUUCACAGAGCCGUGGAGUUCAAUCCGCACGUGCCCAAGUACUUAUUAGAAAUGAAGAGCCUGAUCCUGCCACCAGAGCACAUCCUGAAGAGGGGUGACAGCGAGGCAGUGGCGUACGCCUUCUUCCACCUGCAGCACUGGAAGAGGGCCGAAGGCGCCUUAAAUCUUCUCCACUGCACAUGGGAGGGCACCUUCCGGAUAAUUCCCUACCCACUGGAGAAGGGUCACCUGUUUUACCCCUACCCAGGAUGCACAGAAACAGCAGAUCGGGAGCUGCUACCAUCAUUCCACGAGGUGUCGGUUUACCCAAAGAAAGAGCUUCCUUUCUUCAUCCUCUUCACCGCGGGCCUUUGCUCCUUCACCGCCAUGCUGGCCAUGCUCACACAUCAGUUUCCCGAGCUCAUGGGCGUCUUCGCCAAAGCAUUUUUCAGCACACUCUUCGCGCCACUGGGAUUCUUCGCAGACAAGAUGGAAAGCUUCAUGCCGUCCAGUUUUUGGCACCAACUGACUCGGAUCUGACCCCAACACGCAUACACACACCGGGGGAAAACAAAAUUGCUCUCCUGCCCUCAGCAUUACUGUCUACUUGUCGCUUUGUUACUGAUUAUAUUGGCCCGGGUCGUAUCAACAAAGCAGUCAGUACCACUCUUAAGACACUCGCUCUUCCAGCUGCCUGCAGCAUGUCCAAGAAUUCGGCAUUUACAUUUAUUUGUCACGAGGGGGAAUUUGAAAUGGUUUGCACUACUUUUUAACCGGUGGUACAAUAAGAUGUUUGACACUACUAGCCAUUAUCCGUUUUGGCACAGCACUCACUGAUGUCAUCCUCAAUAGCGGUAAAAUAGCAGAAUAUUAAUGAUGAUAUCACACUACAGGCAACAUAAAUUUAAGUAUCUGUUUAGAAUUUUAGCUCUAAAGCCGAAGGGGUCCAAACUUGAUUUCCGAAAGUCGAUGUCAACUCAGACUUUGUCAAUGAUUUGUGGUUCUCAGACCAGGCUCACUUUCUCCUCUCUGGUCAGUGACGAUUUCACACGCCACUUUCAAGAGUGUCUCAGGCACCAAGGAAUGUUGAAGCACAUUUUCAAUAGGUGAUAAAAUCUAGACCGCAGAAACCAAAGCCCUACAAUUUUCAGGAUAUAAUGAAAUCGAAUUAAUUUGUGUAACAAACCAAUUUGCAGGUUCUAGUAAACACAAGGCAUCCACAGCCACGGGGUAAUAUUAUAUCAUUUCAUAACUCGCUACAAUCACAAGUGAUAAAAGUGCCUUUUUUUAGUCUCGUUCUAAAAAAAAAAAUCUUAACCAGGCAUUGACUCAUCACCGACAGACAUUGUUUUAAUUCUAUUUAAUGACACAAAAAAUUUAGGGCUACGUGUUGAAGCUUACUCAUGAAAAAAUUCAAAUCAGAAGUGUAAAAGUACAUGCUGAAGACAGGAGACUCUCCCCAUGUUUGAAAAGCGCUUGAAACAAAACUCACAAUAAAAUGACUCCUGUGAAAGUCGAA